UAAAAUCGAUAGAGAGAAGAACGUUCUCGUUGCCAGAGAAACUUCGUUAGAGUUUCGUACUUUCUCGAAUAUAUCGAAUAAACAUUUCUGAAGAAUAUUUGAAGCAGUGCAAUGUCGUUGAUUCAGAAGCAAUCUUACAAGACAAUGAGUUCCAAUCAAACUGAUCACUGUAAACAAUAUCAUUUCAAGUUAAGAGAAGUUAAAUCAGCCAUCGAUACGAGCCCACCUAAAAGUAGAUCUCACGUUAUUUUUAAUGCGAAACGCGCACAAUUGGAACGUGAAAGACAAGCACGAAUUCUUAAGGAUAAUUUUAUACUUUUACAAAAACUUAAUGCGAUUAUGUAUCGAAAACGAGCUAAGGAUGAUUAUCAACGAUUAAGGUGGCAGGAAUCGAAAUGUAUUAGAGUACAUUGAAAUCAUUUUCUUUUUAAAUAAUUACUAAUCAAUUAAUACUUUGUGUAUUUUUUUUGUACCUUGUAUCACUUGUUUAUAGAUUGUUCAGCAAUAAAUAUUCAUC